UCAACAUGAAACAAUCCACCCUCAAAUAUUUCCAGAGUUAUAUGCAUGUCAUGUUGUGGUUUUAUUUUGAGGCGGCGCUUUGGUUGGCGGAGUCAAAGAAUAGAAGAACAAGAAGUGUUAUACUACAUCACUGCCAUGCUGUUUAAAAUUCUGCUACUACUUUGCCUGGGCUGCUUUUCAGGUGCUUCUGGCAGUGGCAUAGUGGAAGGUACUGAGUCCAAGCCGCACUCCAGGCCAUACAUGGUAUCGUUGCAGCAGGAAGGACUACAUCUCUGUGGGGGAGCACUUGUCCGGAAGGACUUUGUGCUCACCUCAGCACAUUGCAACGACAGCAAAUUUGGUCUGACUGCUGUGCUCGGAGCCCACAACAUUACAAAGGAGGAGAAAAGUCAACAAAGGAUCCAAGUGGCUAGGUACCACGUGCAUCCAAAUUACAAGGAUGGACUCUUUGGCUUCGACGUCAUGCUUCUCAAGUUAAAGACGAACAGCAUACUGAAUAAGUAUGUUAAGCCCAUUGGACUACCCAAAAAAGAUAAAAGAAUCCUUGCCAACAUCAAGUGCUCUGUAGCUGGCUGGGGCAUGCGUUUGCCCAGUACAGCAGCCUCGGAUGUCCUGAGGGAGACCGCAGUGAAGACGCGAUUCGUCCAUGAGUGCCAGUAUAUUUGGCCUGGUUACUUCAACUCCAGCCAAAUAAUCUGCACCCAUUCUUCAGGCAAGAAGGGGGGAAUCUGUCAGGGUGAUUCCGGUGGCCCAUUGAUAUGCGGCAGAGAUGCUCAGGGCAUAGCUGCUUACACUUGGCCGGGUAAAUGUGACGACCCAAAGUAUCCACAUAUCUUCAUGAAGAUCCCAUCCUUUGUGCAGUGGAUUAAGGAGGUCAUGAAAAAAAGGGACUAGGUCACCCACCUUAACCUUUUGUGAAAUAUCCCAGCAUUACUUUUUGUUUCUGUAAUUAUUAUAGUGGGAAAAUUCAAUUGUUCAUUGACUUUCUUUUAAUUUUACCACUUUUACUGAAUUGUGUGGAUUUGAUGACCCCAAGGAUCCACGUUUGUAUGAGUAACAGCUACUUUAUACCCUGUAUUAAGGAUUUGAACAUGCAUAAAAGGCACUAGGUUACCCAUAGAAAGAGCAGUACAGUGUAACUGGACAGCCUAAAAUGGCCACUAGGCUACUGAUUGGACUACAUUGAUAACAAGCUACUGUGACUAGGAAGGACCUCACCUGGCUACUUCAUGGGGUCUCUGAGGCCUUUGUGAUCUCUGUCUGGAAACUCUUUCAGACGGUGCAUAUUAGGUUGAUUAUAUAUGAGGCCACAUAAAAACAAUACAAAUUGAGUCAUUCUACAAUUGUCAAAAAAACACAAUCAAAUAAGACAAUCUUUUUUUUGUCACUCAUUGACUUGCUUUUCAUUUAACCCGAUGCAACAAUUGGAAAUAAUGAUUGCCUCUGCACACAUGGUGAUAGUUGCAGUUUCAUAUUUACAAGCAAUGGAGUUUGGAAACCAGUGUUGUGGUGGACUACAACCUAAACUGUUCAACUUUCACUGCUAGACGAAAAACACCUGUACAGGAGGCUGUAGAUGCACCGUGUCAGUCAUAGUGUAAGCUUUUACGGUUGGAACGUUUCCUGUGAGUAAAACCCGUCAUCUGCCAAAAAAACUAAGAGAGAGUUUAAUCAUCUUAAUAUAAAGAAGAUAAGUCCAUAAUGUAUCAUUUGAUGUAAUAUGAUGUGGAGAAGGAUGUCAAGAGGAAAUCAACUUCUGUACACAAAUUUCUGCACAAAUAGUCAUAAGUCUUGACACAUUUAAUUGACCUCACUUGCACUGUAUGCAAAUUGAGUGCACAAUUUACACCACAUUGAACAUUAAGCUGUUUUACGUAACCGUAACACUUAAUUUCAAACACAGCAUAUAAUUCAUGUUCUAUAUUAGAAUAGAUUAAACUGUAUCGUCAUGGCACAAGCAGUAGACUAUAUAAUGCAGUUUAGCAUCCAACCAGAAGUGCAACAGUUCAUGAUUAAACUUGGGUAGGUAGGCACUUAUUAUGGAAUAUUAAUAUUCCAUAAUAAGUGCAAAACACAGCAUUGGUACAAAACAGAGUCAGGAUAUGCCGUAUAUUUCUGUGGCCAUGACUUUUGAUGUUGGGGUUAUGGUUGGGUAAUGGUGACUUUAUAACAUGCACUAAGUUAGAAGUAAAACAAAGAAAACGAUUGUAAAAUAAUUACCAAUUCAAUGCAGAAUCCAAAUCCAAUUGAAUUGUAGGUUGCCCACAUUAUUAUCACAGUCGCAGGUCAAGCAUUAUGCUGCACCACAGUAGUAUUAUAUAUUGUGGACGAAGCUGUGGUGGGAAACAUAUUACCUCAACGUCGAGGGCGUCAUCGUGUGUUCAAUGAUAUGAACUGCAGUUGUAGAAAUGCCUUUUAUUAAAUAUUUUUACGUUAAUUAUUUUCCUUUCCUUAUUGGCAAGCAACGAGCCAAUUAACUGGCACGUAAUCAGCGGAGAGUCUCAGUGGAAGCCGAGUUCAAGCGAGAAUACUCACUUGUACAAGUAUGGGAUAUCUUAAAUUGCGCGUUCAUGAAAAACAAUGAAAAACCCUACAGGAUCCAAGACCUUUUUGGAAAACAAACUAAACUUAAAUUAAGUCCCCUGCGAUCUCAAUCCUAUCUGUUGGUGUUUAUUAUUUUCACGUUAAUUGUUAGUUUCCGUAUUGGCCAGCAAGGAGCCAAUCAGCGAGUUCAGGCGAGAAUACUCGCUUAUGCUCGAAUACUCUCUUAUGAUCCAGUAAUCCAACACGCAAUAUACUCACAAUAUCUUCGCCAAAAGGAGAAGAUAAAUUGCUAUACCAACUGAUUGACGUAGCGCUACUCCUGAUUCAAGGGAUUAAUCUGCAAAUUCGGUCUUGAAGUUCGUCCUGCCGCCCGGAAGGAUAACAUAUUGGAAUGAUUCAAUAACGUGAAACAUAACCCUUUGGUAUUGUCAUUGGUUUUGUGUCUCGGAGUAUUUUACAUUGCAUGUUGCAAAUUGUUAACUUAUUAACAUUAAAUGCAUUAUCUGCUG